UUUGCACGGCGCAGAGAUCUCAGACCCUCAGCCCAGACACAAAGCUGAAAGGGGAAGAAGGGUCAGGAGAAAGGGAAUUUCUUGUCUGAUGCUCUGCGAGGGAACUCCUGUUUUGAUGGCACCUGGCAAACGGCUCUUCUCUGCCCUCCUGGCCACUUGUCUGUGGAUGUCUUCCAGGGGAAUUGACCCUGGGGAGGAAAUUAAUGAGACCAUCAUCUGUACCAAGGACCUGAUUGAAGUAGAAAUCCCAAGUACCUUUUUCCUAUCAAAGAAUCCUCCAAUAUUAAUCUCUGAUUUGCACCUUAACGACCCAGAAUGCCAUGGCAGCAUAGUUGACAACCUCUACGUGUUCAGCAUUAAGACUAACUUCACAAACUGUGGAACGAGAAUGGAUUCAGAUGGUGCCCAUAUUAUUUUCAUCAACACCAUACAGAACAAUUUUUCUGAUGUAAUCACAAGGGCUUUCGUCAAUAUCACAUUUGCCUGCCGAUAUCCUAUUAAUUACAUGGUACAGCAGCCUAAUGGAGAAAAUAAAAUCAGUGUUGAUAUCAGGACCAUUACGCUCAACACUGAAGAUGGGAACUUCUCUGUGUCUAUGAUGUUGUACAAGGACCAACAUUUUGAACACAUGUGGACUACAGUUCCAUUACUGACUCUAGAAGACAACAUAUUUGUCAAAGUUGAAAUGGUUCCAGGUAACUUCAUCAUGAGACUUGAAAACUGUUGGUCUACCCCAACCAAGGAUCCUGUUCAUGCUGUGCAGUAUUCUUUUAUUAAGGAAAGUUGCCCAGAAACUGUAAAAGAUGAAACCCUCUCUGUAAUAACCAACGGAGAAAGGGAAGAGGCAACGUUUAGGAUCCAAAUGUUCAAAUUUGUUGGCAUCUCAUUGAACCAUGUUUUCUUGCACUGCACUGUUCAGAUUUGUCACAAUACAGCUGCUGCUUGCAAACCGAAUUGUACGGGUGACGAUAGCCAGAACAGAAUGAAAAGAGAAGUCACACCUUUUUCUAAUCACAUGGUAUCUUAUGGACCUAUAAAACGAAAGCUGGUAGAUAAUGAAGAGUCUAAUAUAAGUAAAGGGAGUCUCCCACCAAUAGGAAUGUUGAUCCUUGGAGGAAUUCUACUGGCUGCUCUGGUGAUAAUGGCAGUUUUGGGAAAGCUUUUGUUUCAGUCCAGAAGGAUGGUCCCAGCUAUGCAAGCACAGUUGAUAUUGUCUCAUUUUCACAGUUCUGAAAUAGCAUGAUGAAUUGUUAUCCAAUAUUAACAUGAAGUGCUUGACAGCAUAACAGCAACUGCAUUGUAUUAACAUGUAUUUACAUGAGUUUUACAUUAUUUUUCUUUUCAUACAUCUCACAAGCCCAACAGUUAGUGCUAGUAUUUGUGUCCAGCUAUAACCAUCACCACCUUCAAAAUGCAGACCUGGAAGGGAUCCUAUGGAUCAGCCAUAAUCCAGCCCGUCAAGAAGACAUAAGGGAGAAUCGAAUUCCCAACUGCCUAAACCACAUUAUAAGUCAAUUUUGCCAAAAGUAGGGCGAAAGAAUAAAUUAAAAUGUGCCUAGUCUGAGGUUGUGUAGGUCCACUUUGUACAUAGUGUUGAAAAACCUGUGAGGAUCACACAUAUGUGUAUUUUACUGAACUUAUGCAUUGCAUGAAGAUAUGUUUUCUAGCAUGAACCCUGACUGCAUGCUACUCCUACAGAAAUCCAUCCCAUGGCUCCUUUCAUGGUAGCACAUUCAGCCUAUCUUCAUUGCUUGGUUA